GACUAAAAAAAGACUCGAGUCGCAUCACUCAUUUACUAUAAACCUUCAGCAUUUUCGAAUUUUUAUUACAUUGCGAUUGUUCAGUAAUUAUUUUGUCACAGAAAAUAAGCUAAUCGCAAUCAAGGAUGUCGGAUGCUCCAGGUCGCCCCAUGAAAUACCCCUACACCUUUACUGCCAAGGCUGCGCAGUUUCCUUUAAAAUUCUACUUCCAAAAUCAGUGGAUCUGGCGUUAUUGGCUUGGCGGUGGACUUAUUCUUUCCAUUCCAAUCUUCUACAAAAUUCACAAACUAUCUAACUCACCUGAGAAUGUUGCAAUUUGGGCAGAAAAGAGGAAGAAGGAAGCUGAGGCACACCAUUAAUUAUUAUUGUGUUUAGAUACUUGAAAUCAUAUUAUUGCAGUUUUAUUUAUAAGGAUAAAUACAUGUCUUAUUAGUU